CCGGCAAUUCUACCCAGUUCCAAUUCCUUUUGCAAUUUAGCACUAACCACAUCCUUAAAACGACUUACAGAUUUUAAAUUAUCCACCCAGCAACAACCUUCUCCCAGGAAUUCAAGAACUUCAAAACCAAUAUUAAAACCAUCAAAUAUUAAUUUAGCUUUUGCAUUAUCUGGGUACCUGAUCCCUGGUACUUGGCUGUUGCUGGUUGACUUGAGAAUUCCUUUUAAAACAAUGCAUCAUUGGAUGCGUACCACCACAAAAAGAACAUUCAUGCUUGUAUCUACAAUUAGAUAACCAUUUACAUGAAGACGCAUUAAAUGCAAAACAUAGGCAAAACAUUUUGUCAUAUUGGAACCAAGCCAUCCUGCCAAAAUUGUGGUAAGCCUCCAGAAUAAUAUCUAAAUGUUGAAACAGACCACUACAAUAGUCUGGGAGUUUUUCACCAAGCACUUCGGCAUAAAUACUAAAUGCUUGAAUCCAAUUAUUCAGUGACCUAUGAAAAAAACGUCUGACAUCUUCACUUUUUUCAUCUUUCUUCUCAAUCCGCACUACACGUUCCUUUGCUGAAGUACAUUACUUCAAUAAAUUCCAAACGCCAAAUUUUUCCUUUAAUACUAUUACUUAAAUGGAAACCAAGUGGCUAUAGUUCACAUACCAUCGCCUCCUUAACGCAGAUCUCAUUAACACCAAUACCUUAGCCAAUACAGGCACGGUUUUCUCUACCGCUGCACUAUUAGUAUUCAUUUUCUCACAAUUAGAAAUCCAGAUAUCAGAUGCUGGAUGAACCACUCGCCUACUAGCCACCUCAGCCAGCAGUUUAACCAAAGCUGACAGUAACAAAGAUUCAAAGACAACACAUGAAGGUUCUCACCAUCAGCUCCCUCCUGGACCGGCCCAGAGGAUGAUUCUUGCCUAUCUCUUCUAUGGGGGCCAGGAGGUGGCUCAACCACAACUUGUGGAAACCCCUCGACCAGCUGUCCCAUCGACUCUUCUGCUGCUUCUCCUCUUGUGCUGAAAUCCUGGCUGUCCUCUUCCUCCACCGCUUAGGUGUACUUGCGUUGCUUAUUGAAAAGGCCGGCGCUCUCUCUGCUGACAGGCCAGCCGCUCUGUUUCCCCGCCUCAUUGAUCCUGGAAGACCUGCUCCUCCGCCUUCCUCCGGUAGAUGGCAAGGCUUCAUGUCCCGAUCUCUCGGCUCUGUUCCGCCGGCGCCCCGCCUCAGGAGGAGGAGCAUAAGCGCUCCUAGCUCUUUCGACUCUUUUGCAACAGAGUGAAACCAACUCCUCCUCCCUCUGUUGACAGGCAGCUGGCUCUUCACUGCCCGCCUCCGGCGCAGCCCUGGUUCCUUCUUCCGGCUCCCUCCUUGAUGUCAGCAGCUAUUCCAGGAAUCUCUGUAGCCAGUCUUCUCCGCCGGCAGUCUCUGCUUUUUCGAUCAGCUGGCGCAGUAGGACGUCCAUGGCACAGGUCCAGCGAUGCUCCUCUUGUUCUUCAAACUGGCCCCAAACCACUGGACCACCUGAAAUAUAAAGGGUACAAGCUUACCGCCGUAUGCAUAACAACAAAUCACAACGCUGGAUUUCUCACCCAGCAACCGCCCGCAACCAUUCAUUAUUGAGGAUUCUUCAGCCAGCAACAACAUCAGAACCGGAAUAAACCAGCUACCUCAGCACUAACUUUCAGGUGCAGCGAUUGUCUAAUGUGCUUUAUGACUGACGGGUGGAAGGAAGACCACUGGGAUCAAACAGUCUCAUCAAAAAGAAAAUGCUCUGUCUCUGGGGAAAAGUUGUUUUCUGUCUUCUGUCAUUUAUAAAAUGCUUUAAGGCUGUAGAAAUACCUCUUGAAGUGGAACAAUUGCCAACAAUUAUUGAAGUCACUAAAGGAAUCCAAGUUGCCUUUCCUGUAGGAGAAGAUUUCACCAUCAAGUGUAAAGCUAAAGGAAACCCAACCCCUGAAUAUCACUGGACAAAGAAUGGACAUCCAUAUAAUCCAUUUACAGACCAAAAUGUUAAGACUGUGAAGGAUUCUGGUUCAUUUAUUAUCCAUAACGAUGGUAACAUUUUAGCCUACAAUGGAACAUACCGAUGUUAUGCCACUAAUAAGUUAGGAACUGCAGUAUCGGAAGAGACAACUUUACUCAUUCCAGGAGAUCCCAGAUUUCCUAAGGAAGUUAUCCCUCCUAUAGAAUUAGAAGAAGGGAACCCACUGGUUUUAAUUUGUGACCCUCCCCCUGGUAUUCCUCCAGUCAAUGUAGUUUGGAUGACACAAGAUCUACGGCAGAUCCCUCUGAGCAAGCGUGUGUCUGUUGGACUUGAUGGGAAAUUAUACUUUGCACACGUUGUUCAUACGGACAGCACGUUUGACUAUUUCUGUGUUGCUGUAUAUUCCAGAAUCAGACAUAUGUCACAGAGGACUCCGGUGAAGCUCAGUAUACAACACAGCAAUGUCAUAAAAAAUCGUGCCCCAAACAUACUAACAACCCAAGGAGGGAUGGAUAAGUCAAUUGUUGUGCUAAAAGGUGAAGUCCUACAAUUGGAAUGCAUCGCUGAAGGACUGCCAACCCCUAUAAAUGAUUGGCGAAAAGAAGGUGAAGAAUCAAUAAAGUACCGUGCUAUAGUAGAGGGCCAUGGGACACUACUGAAGAUCAAGGAUAUUACUAAAGAUGAUCAAGGAGUAUAUAUUUGUGAAGCCAAAAAUGAGAUGGGUUCUGAUCAGCAAAGGUUUCACGUUCUCGUUGAAGAGCCUCCCAGAUGGAUAAAAAAGCUGACGAGCUCUAUACAAGCAGUGGGAUCUGAGGUUAUCUUAAACUGUUCAGCCACUGGGACACCUGAACCUGAAAUUCAUUGGCAAAGAAAUGGAAUCCCUUUGAGAAGAGAUACACUUCCUCACAAUCAUAAGAUGACAGGAGGCAUAAUAUUCAUUCACUCACUUCAGCCAUCGGAUAGUGCAGUGUACCAGUGUGAAGCCUCUAACAAGCAUGGGACUAUUCUCACCAGUGCCAACAUUGAUGUUGUAGAUAUUGUACCACUGAUAUUCACUGAUGAGAACACGACGUACACAGCAGUGUGGGGGCAGAAUGUCUCAUUACUCUGCAAUAAUUUUGCAUUUCCUGUGGCUGACAUUGUAUGGUAUCACGGGAGAAGAACAGUUCAACCUAAAAGUGGCCGGUACAUAAUAGAUAACAAUGAUACCCUUCAUAUAUGGGAGCUGGAAGCAAAGGACGCUGGGUCAUACACAUGUGAAGUGUCAAACACCAAAGGAAGCGCUUCAGUUAAAGCAAACCUUAUACUUCGAGAACCUACAAAAGGAUAUGUGUCUCCAGAGAAUCCUGGGGUUAGAAGGUGGCAUUCCAUAACCCUAACAUGUCACAUUCAAUGUGAUCCUCACCUCUGUUCUUCUGUGAGAAUUACCUGGAUGAAAGAUGGUCAGGAGCUCAGAGAGGACAACCGAAGGAUACAAGUGAACUUAAACCGUUUGUCUAUCAAUGAUGUAAACUGGGAAGACGGAGGGACCUAUAACUGCAUUGCCAGUACAUGGCUGGAUUCAAUGUCGGCUGAGAGUCAUCUAACAGUGCGAGAUGUUCCAAUGCCUCCUGAAAAUGUACAACUUUUGGAAAAGCAGAACCGUAGUGUUGUGUUGUCCUGGACACCAGGGGAUAGUCACAACAGCCCUAUUUCAGAUUUUAUCAUCCAGUCCAUAAAGAGCAUUGAUAAACCAGGAGAAUGGGAAGAUGUAACCAGAGUCCCUGGAAAUGUCACUUCAGUUCACGUGCAGCUCAUCCCUCAUUAUAACUACCAAUUCCGUGUCUUUGCUGUGAAUGGAAUUGGAAACAGUCCUGCAAGUCUUGUCUCAGAAAAUUAUGCUACGCCACCUGCAGCUCCUGAGAAUAACCCAUAUCUGAUAUUUGUUGAAGCAAAUCGUUCAGAUGAAAUGACAGUGAGAUGGGAGCCCCUGAGUUUAGAUGAGCAAAAUGGUCCAGGAUUGGAGUACAGAGUCAGCUGGCGUUUACAUGGCGUGGAGACACAAUGGCAUCAUAAAAAAGUUAAACGUCCACAAUUUACAAUAAAGAACACACCAGCUUUUGUGCCGUAUGACAUUCGUGUCCAAGCUGUUAAUGAUAUUGGAGCUGGUCCUGAUCCAGAGAUACACACUGGUUACUCAGGAGAAGACACUCCUGAUGCUGCCCCAUCUAACGUGGUAGUGAGCCUUGUAAAUCACAUGAUAGCCAAUGUAACCUGGACAGAAGUAUCACAGGACAGGAUACGAGGACAUCUAUCCGGUUAUAAGAUAAUUUACUGGAAAAUAAAAAGUCUACAAGAUGGGAAAAUGCAUCACGGUGAGCGACACACGCUGUCUUUUAGUGGCCAGAGGAACUCGGGGAUAAUCCCUAUAGUUCACCCAUUCUGCGAGUAUCAAGUAUCUGUUGCCGCCUAUAACACUCGAGGUGAUGGCCCAGAGAGCAUCCCUGUCACUCUCCAAACUCCAGAAGGAGUGCCAGAGCAACCACAGGUUUUACGAAUUGUAAGUUCUGACCUGGAGUCCUUCACACUGUCCUGGGCCCCACCAAAGAGAAAAAAUGGUAUCCUUACCAGUUACAUACUGCAGCACCAGAUAAUUAAUGAAAGUGAUGUCAUAGGGGGUUUAUAUAACAUCACCAUAACAAACCCAGAAGCAGUCAGUCAAAGAAUUCCGCGUCUUGAGCAUGGUAUGAGGUACAAGUUCUACCUUCGAGCAUGUACCCGUAUUGGAUGUAGCAAACCCGUGAGUGAAGAAGGACUGGCCCAAACACAAGCAACUUACGCUAACGUACCUCGGAGCCUAUCUACUCAAGGAUGGUUUAUUGGACUGAUGUGCGCUGUGGCUCUUUUAACACUUUUAAUGCUUGUUGGUUGCUUUGUGCAGAUAAAUAGAGGAGGAAAAUAUGCAGUGAAGGAAAAAGAAGAUCUCCAUCCUGAACCUGAAGUACAGUCUAUGAAGGAUCAGUUCUUUGAUGACUGUAGUUCCAGUGAUAAGAAGGCAACAAAUGGCAGCAUGGACUCAUUAAGCUUAGAUAUUAAAACCUAUGACAGUGUGGAUAGCCUUGUCCAGUACAGUGAUGGAGAACACAGUAACUUCAACGAAGAUGGAUCUUUCAUUGGAGCUUACACAGAAUCAAAGGAGAAACAUCUAGGGGAUGGAAACACACACAUUCAAGCUGUUCGCUCUUAAUAACUGCACAGCAUCCACAAAGAACUUUAUCACAGUUAUUGAAAUACUCAACGAGAAGGACACAUUUGGUGCACAACUGUAAGAGGGAAUUGGCUUGGAUAUUCAAAUGUUUAGUAGCCAAAAUUGACUGUUCCGCCUCACCUAAAAAAAAAUGGAACGUUGUCAUUUGUUUCCCCAGCAUCGUCAUUUUACCAAGCAUUCAUAAAUCAUUUGCAACUGAAGAAGCAUAAGCAUUUGUUCCGGUACACAUGACUAUCACAAUGUACACUAUUUUGUGAAGGAGGUCAUAACAUAAUUGCUCUUGUUUUCAAUUUAACAUUUUGAAAUAUCCCAUCGUGCAACUGUGCUGUCUGUACAUCGCGCAUGUGCUUUGAAGAUCCAAUGUUUAUCUCUAAUGCAGCAACAUUAUUGGAGCAUGGACUGUCCUAAUUAUACUAUUUAAAGGGCUUUUCAAUUUUUUAAAAUGGGCGGUAUAUCAAUUUUUUUUUUUCAACUUUAAAUGUCCUACAGCCCCUUCAUGUUGUUUCACUGUCUGCUGGUCCUGCAUGCAUUACAUCAUGUCCAUCGUUCAUGUGAUUGCUUGAUGCCAAUUAAUGACCUCAUUGAUAAUGUGCUGUUCACACACACGUUUCCCUGCUCUGUGCCCACUUUUUUUUUUAUUUUUAUCGGAAAACCCUUUAAACAAAGAUGGAGUUAAGUUGGGAAAGUCAAAGUAUUUGUAAAUUAGUAACAUCUCAUACAGGUGAAUCAUGCUUCUUAUUAUCUACUAUAACUCUUAUCACAGUUUAUAAACUGAACCCCAAUUUUGACAUCUCUGUUAUCUGUUAGGGUACUUUCACACUAGCGUUAGAAGAAGUUGCCGGAACUGCCUGCCGGAUCCGGAAAUCUGUAGGCAAACAGAUAUACAUUUUUUUCCGGAUGCGGAUCCGUCUGACAAAUGCGUUGCAAUACGGGAUCCAUCUCUCCGAUGUCAUCCGGGAAACCGGAUUGGUUUUUCCAGAACACUUGGUACCGGAUCCGGCAUUAAUACAUUUCUAUGGAAAUUAAUGCCGGCAAGUGUUCUGUAAUUUUGGCUGGAGAAAAUACCUCAGCAUGUUUUUUUUUUACAGUAUUGAGCCCCUAUGACGGAACUCAAUACCAGAAAACUUUAAUGCUAGUGUGAAAGUACCCUUAAGGUGUCCAGACAUUAGGCAUAUACAGUAUAUAUAAAUAUGGUAUAAAAUGAACAGAUAAAAUUUGAAGAAUACAAAAUUUGACCGAGAGCCUCGAUCGAUCAAAAACAUUAUACGUCUGCCAAACCAGCCAACUCUAAUUUUAUAGGAGUGCCCCAAUCUGGAUUUCAACUUGUCCAAUCCUUCGUUCCCUUGGAUAUUAACCUGAUUCAAAGGAUAUCUGUAGUGGUUUUUUCCCCUCCACCCACUGAAAACACAUGUUUGGUGGAGCUGAGUUUGCAUGUUUAUGGAUGAGUUAGGAGUCAUGGAUGUUUGACCAACAGCUGCUGUCUAAGAAGUAUUGUCACCAUUAGUUCCUAGAUAUUAAUGGAUGAAAGAAGAGAGGGCCAAAACACAUUUCCUCUCCAUUCUUUAAUAUUAAGUACAUGGCUAAUGGUGGUGACAAUUGCUUUAAGUGAAAACUAUGGGCAAAUUUAGUUGUAUCUUAUAAAGCCAACUGUGUGGUCAAAUCACCUUUGCUGUAUUUCUUCCUAUACUUCUUGGAACACGACAAAGGUAAAUAUGGCUCCACUUAGAUCAUUGAUCUUUAACCAGUGACGCUACAUUUGUUUCUAAACUACAAGUAACAGCAUGUCCUAUAGGCAUCAUAGGACAUACUGGGAGAUAUAGUUUUGCGAUAGCUGGAGAACUGCAGGUUGGGGACCACUGACUUAGAUAGUAACAUGGUCAAGAAGGAAACAAUUUCCAGGUACUGACAGUGGUGGCUGAAGGUCUUUCCUGCAAACCUUUACUUUUAUGUUUUCAGUGGAAACAGAUUUACUACACUAAUAAAAUUCACAAAGCUGUAUGCUGCCAAAACUUGACAUUAUUUUUUUCAACAUUUCUAUUCUCUGGUGGGUAAAAGAUGAACAAGAACUGUGUCCAUGUACUACAGAAAAAUAUGCAUGAAAAAGAAUAGCCCACUCAUGCUAGUGGUGGGUCAUCAAAACGUGUGCCCAGCACUCCUGCUGGUGGGUGAUAAUUCUGGUUACUUCAUAGAUGGUUAGUAAAAAAGUCAUGACCAUGUACCCCUCAAACCUUCCACAUGGCAGUUAUGGUUGUAGCCUACAGAUAUUUAAAGUUUAGCCUCUGUUUGUGCUAAUGCCACCUUUUAUCUGCAUGAUGAGCAACUAUAAAAGAAUAGUGUUAAGUUGUGUAACUGAAGGAAUCAUAGAUGCUGUUGAAAUGGAGGAAGCUCAAAGCUUUGUGUUGUCUUGUUUGUAAUGUGCCCUUUGAUAAAAAAUAAAAAAUAACAAAAAUAAAAAAA